UGAACUUUUAGAGCAUCUGGUGUUUUUCGUCUUCAUUUCAAACUAUCAAACUUUACUUGGUUCGUUUUGGAUUCUUAAGUAGUUAUAUUAUUUUUUUACAUAUCCACAUAUUCUAUUUUUUUUUUUUUUUCAUUUAGUAUAUUGUAAAGUUAUUUAGAAACUUUGAGAACCACAUACCAAUGAAUCUCUUGGCAAACAACGCCAUGACGUGAGAUUGAACGCGAAUUAUGUCGGCAUUGCGGUUACUUUUCAAUUUCUCAAAUAGAAUCGGACUUUUUCACAAACAGUACAGUUUUAAGAAUGUGCAGGCAUGGAAAAGUGAGAAUAAAUAACUUUUUUAAACAAUUAGUAUAUGUAUCGGUGUUUUUCAAGUUUUUGAGUAUUAAAAACUGUAUAUUUCUGUUUCUGGAAAAUAUGAUGUCAUAUGAAGAGCGGCGUCGUACCGGUCGGUACAUAGCUAUCUUAGUGGGCAUAAGUUUAUUCCUGUUGGCAAUGUACCACGCUUGGGUCCGUAGGAUACCCAUCGUGGCCAGUCUGGUGGUGCCGGCGUUGAUUAUGUUUGUAUAUGUCGCCUGGGUAUUAUACACCGCAUCGAGGGAUAAACACAGGUUGCUGGUAUUAGAUGCUGAAGCGGCUUUAAGCGUACCCUCGCCAGAAGGAACAGAAAACGAUAUUCAGAUAUCCGAGUUGAGCCACAAUAACGAAAUGCCUCUAGCUUCUACUAAAGAAAGCAUCAAACUAAACACUCUAGACAUUUCUAUUCAAAAAGAUUGGGUAGAACCAUCUGUACCUGUUUAUAAAGAAGAUAAUAUCACUAGAAGAGAAGAACCGCGGUUUAAUAUGCCAUUAAUACUAGUUAACGGUCAACUACCCGAGGAUUUAGAUCAGAGAUGGGUAAAUGUAGUGGAAACUGUUACAAACAGUGAUAAAUUCAGAUGGUUACCCCCUAAGAGGAGACGCAAGCGUAAAUUUUGUAGGAAAAAACAUCCUGUAUUUAAAAGAUCGUAUUCCAUUGCUUGAAAUUGUAAAUACUCUAGUAUUUUUUAUUGAAAAUUAAAGACAUAAUAUUUGAAGACAUUGCCUAAUUAUACAGUUUUAUAUACUAUUGAAAACGACAAAUAAGUUGACGAUUUUCUUGAUCAAAAUUGGUAAUCGUCACUUAAAAACUUGAAGAUGGACAUCACAAAAUAUAUUGUGGUUCCAAUGGUGCGUUGCUAUUACUGGGGACAGAGGUAUUAUACAUCUUAUGUAAGAGUUUCUACUGGCAAUUUUAUCCUUCAGGCCGAAACAGAAUAAUAAAGCAGGCAUACCUGCUUUAUGGCAGAAAUACUUAAAAGUAUGCUACGGUCAGCAUAAAAUCGAAGAAUACAUUAAAAUUUUCAAAAGGCCUACACUCGGUAGCAUAUGUAUAUGUUAUUUAUAUUUUGAUCUUAUGAGUUGUUCAUCCAAUUUUGGUAUUUUUGUUUUUCAAGUUAGUUACUGCUUACUGUAGAAACACGAAUGGGACAGAGGCGCCCAAGCAAACGCCUUUUAUACAGGCUCCCUUUGGAAUUACCUUGUUAGGCUAUUAAUGUUCUAUAUUUACAAGUUUUGGAAAUCUAUAAAUGUUUAUCGUAUUUAGAUGCUCACUGUACUUACACAGGUAGUAGAACUAAAAGUGCUACAUAAUUCAAUAACUUUUUAUUAAUAAAGAAGUAGUUUAUUUGAAUUAAAAAAGAAUGUGAUUUAUACCACUAUAAUUAAAUUAAUAAUUUUAUUUAGUUUAUUUAGAAUGUCAAUUUUACGAGACAGCGAACUUGUUUAUAUUUAUAUAAGUAGGAAAAGAUUUGAAAAUAUUAUGUAUAUUGACAAUUAAACUAUUGGAAUAUACAUGUUUAUUACUAACCUAUGAUGAGUAAGAUAUUUAAAAUAUAAUCUGUUAUUGUUACUAUUAUGUUUUAAAUUAUUCCUUUGCAAAUUCAAAGAAUUAGGUACCCGUAUCAAAUAUGAUUUGAAGAUUUUGUAAAAUUUUAUCAACCUAAAUAUUUUGUUAAACAAUUUACUCAUGGACACAACCUUCGACAGGAACUAUAUUUUAUACGUCUUUGUAAGGUGUUCAGCCUGGUUUCUUUAUAAAUGGUGUA